AUGAGAGUCGUGGCGGAUUACCCACAUGAUCCAAAAGCCUUUACGCAGGGAUUGCAGUUUGACAGAGAGUGUGACGAUGACAACAAAACAUGUUUUGACAUCUUUUGGGAGUCAACAGGCCUUAACGGCCGGUCCAGCAUUCGACAGGUGGAGCUGGCCACGGGGACUGUACGGCGACAACGGGAUUUUCCGUACGAGCAUUUCGGGGAGGGCUCCACCCGCUUGGGCGACACGCUGUACAUGAUUACGUGGCGCACCGGCCAGGGGUUCAAAAUUAGCUUGGACCUUCAGCAGGUCGAGCCGAUUGACACGGGUUUGGGUGACGGCUGGGGUCUUACCAAUGACGGCACCCACCUCAUCGCCAGUGAAAGCUCCCAGGUCAUACACUGGCUUGACCCAGACACCAUGCAGGAGGUACGGCGGAUCCAGGUAACGGACCGGGGCCACCCCAUUCGCUGGCUUAACGAGUUGGAGGUGGUUGAGGGGGAGCUGUGGGGUAACGUGUGGCAGACCGAGUGCAUCGCGCGGGUCGACAUGCAAACAGGGUUGGUCAAAGGAUGGAUACACUUACACGGGCUGCGGGAGGGGCUGAUACGGCAGGGCCUGGCGCACGACAGGGAGAUGGACGUCCUGAACGGUAUGGCUGCGGGUGUUGGCGUGGGGAUCGCGUACGACCCGUCCACUCGGCGCCUGUUUCUGACCGGCAAGCUGUGGCCCCGCGUGUUUGAGGUGGAGGUAGUUCCCUUUCCGGAGGGCCAGGCACCGCCCUUGUCGGCUGUGGACCGGCUCUGCUGGCCACCGCAUACGAACUUUUGA